CAAACUAAACCAUGGAUAGUUUGUCUGGGUAACAAUUUUUAUUUUAAUUUAUUUUUUUUUUUUUAUUUUGUGGAUUUGUUGUUUAACAUGACUCUGGUCGAAAAAAAAAGUGACACUAAACUAACGCUAAAUAUUGUGGUCAACAUAAAUUUGUAAUUAAUCAUGUCGGUUGGGUCCCGACAUAAGGAAUGGGAACGUUCCCUUAUUUGCAGACCCAUUGAUAAUCUAACAACUGAAGCCGGCUUAAGAGCCCAGCGUUGUGCAAUGGUCGCAACCCGCGAGCGCGAGGAUAUUCCCACCACGAUGGCCAUGCUCAUUGGCUGGGAGUAUGCGCGGAUUUGGUUGCAGGAUCGCGAUAACUAUCAGAAGAAGAAGCAAACCGCAAAGAAGAAGUUCAUCCAAAACGACUUUGAAUGGUGGCUAAAGCUGCGCAAAACUAACAAGUGUUUUUGUCCCAAGUGAUGUUACUGUUACUGGCCAAAAGCUUUACGUUGAUAACGGUAUUAUCGAAGACACACACCAUUCGCGUGCAAGCUUUUGGCUAUUAAAAUCACAACAUUUCUGGCAAUCUUUUUUCUUGAAGCGGCGAAACUUGACUAAUGCGCAAUUCCUUGUAUUAAACACACACACACACACACACACACACACACCACUAACGGUAAACCAUAUUUUUACAUACAAUUUUUAUGCACGCUGAGUAGGUUAAUAAAAUGAGUCUUUUUAA